AUGGUGCCCAAGGUCGCGCUACUCCCUACUCUCUUGUACACUUUCUGUUACUUGGCCACUACGUACGUCAGAGCAUCAUCCAGCAAGGUUGAUAUCCCAGACAAGAAAACCUCCCUGUGCCAUCUAUUUCAGUUCAAGCUGCGACGAGCUAGUGCCUCAGAACAGGCAGCGAUUGGAAAAUACAGCAUGGCUAGCACCGAACCACCCGAGACCACCCAACAUGAAGACAGCAUGGCCGCGAAUGGUCCUGACCGGAUUAGGGAGCAAGAACAGUUUACUCUUCUGUCACAGAAAAUCAACGACCAAGCCGAUGCACUUCCGUCUCCAGCUAUGGAUAUCUUCAGCCGCCAUUUGCGGACUGUUCGUAUCACUCAGCUCGCCCCUGAGCCUUUGAGUGACAUUUUCGGUUAUUUUCAGCAUCCAGCUCUGCAUGAAAAUAGAAUCAAUAUGGAUUGCAUUAAUGCAAGAUUCCCAAGAGAUCAUUUUCAAGCCUUGAAGAGUCUUCGGCUUACAUGCUCUCUAUUUAACCAGAUUGCAACACCUCUACUACUUCCAAACCUCCGAGUGCAGGUUGGCAAACCAUCUCUGGAUAGGAUACAAGCAAUUGCGAAAAAUUCUCUUCUUUCUGCCGGUCUGCGUGGAAUUCAAGUCCAUAUGGGAUAUCGCUUCAAGACACUUGCCUUGGAUGAAACAGAGUUUUUCAGUUAUCAGAGAGGCCACGUCAAUCAGCUACUCAACUAUCAUGCUAUGUUUCUAAAACACUGGAUUGACAAGGCAACUGGGGAUGGAACAGGUCAGGCUCUUCUUUGGAGCGAUGAGCGCUUUACAAUGCUUGAGAGGAUCCGGGCUUGCGUGCUUGCAUGUGAUCGAUAUCUUGGUAGAGAAGCUCUGUCCACCCCACGGAUAUCAAGCCUACCAUACGAUGCUUUACCAGAGCUGCUCAAGGAGCCAGUUAAUGACGAACUUGUUGCUGAAUAUCAAAAGGUCCUCUAUCAAGCCCAUCAAGACUAUAGAGUAGGUGGAAGCAACAGCACUUUAUAUUUACAGACAAAGACCAAGCUUCUAGAUGGCUAG